AUGGCUGCCCCUCAAUAUUGGCUCUCUCUUCUGGUUCUCUCCUGCUGUGUGACUCUCUUGAGUGCUCAGGGGGCUCCUCAGGAGCCAGUUUACCCUGGAGAUGAUGCUACCCCAGAGGAGAUGGCCCGGUAUGCUGCUGAGCUCCGAAGAUAUAUCAAUAGACUCACCCGGCCCAGGUAUGGGAAGAGGGCCGCGGGCCAGAGAUUCUAUCAGGAUGGUGUGGAUAUCUUGGAGUAGAUGGUUCUGCUGUAAUAUUCCCAGGACACCCCAUCAACUGAACUUUCACUGCUCCUGCCUCUCUUGCCUCUCCCUUUAUCCAGAGCCCUGUGGCCAGUCCUGGCCCUCACUCCCCUGGUUCCAGCAGAAGCUGAGCCACAGAAUUCUAUCAUCAUCCCAGAACCAGGCUUAAUAAAACUGAGUCAAAAAUCA